AUGCAACCAUGCAGCAUUGCACCCUCGCCUCGCCUCUACCCCUCCGGAUCAUUCUGUGAGCUGUCCUCACUCAUUUUGCUGCUUUCUUCGUUUUCCCCUUUUUGUCUCCCCUUCCACGCAUCACCUCCAACUAGUCCACCGCCCCCAGGGGGUACAAAGGGUGGUGGAUCAGACCAGAGGCCUGCUAACGCACAUGCAGGCCGUCUCUCCAGGCGCCUUCCAUGCUCCCCACGUCAAAUACGUCUGCGUCUCGGGCAGUGUCUCAUGCAGGUGAAGCCUUUUCCGCCAGGCAGGUACAUCAAGGGCUUGCCCCUGUUCGGCAGCACUGCUGCCACCCCUGCAGAAGCUACAGCAGCCUCAGCACCAGCCGCUGUGGCAGCCGUGGCAACAGCAGCAGGAGGAGAGGCGUGCGUGUUUGCCCUGGAUGUGAAACCAGUGGGGGCGGGGGGCUCAGCAUCACAAGCAGCUGGUGGGUCGGAUUCAGAGCCGGAGAGCGAAAGUGAGGGGGAGAGGGAGGAGGGCAGCAGCGGGGCUUCAGAUGAAAAGAACCAGGAAGCAACUACUGGGAGGCAGGUGCAGGUGGCAUCUGGGGGAGGUGUGUUCCAGGCGCGCAUGGUGGGGCAGGGGUACAAGCAGGUGUGCGGGCGGGCGGAGGUGUGGGGGGACGGAGUCGUGCCGGAAGAUACCGCCCUGCUGGAGGGGGCGGAGAAUCUAAUCCUGGACGGCAUGUAUCACUCGCCUGUGGGGGCCAGUGAGGCCCGGCCGUGGUACGGCUCUCCUUCUGUUCUGCCCUCAUGGCAGCAUCACCUCUUGGUUUGA